GCGCCUUCGACCAGGCCGAGUUGAGACGGUCCACGACACACUCACGCAUCUUCUCCAUCGACGGCGCGCCGGCGGCGAUGGCGGCGCGGAAGCUCAUCCUCUGCUUCACAGCAGCAAGGCGAGCCAGUUCUCGGGCCUCUGUAUUCCUCCGGGCCUCACCCCUCCUGGAAGCCUCCACUUCUGCCUCCCACGCCACCGCCGCCGCGACGAAGGGAUCGCCGUGGGCACUGCUCUUCUCCUCCAGGGUCUUCUCGUCGACCCCUCCGGCUCAACAGUCCGCCGGAGAUGUGCCCGCCCCAUCCGCGGUGGACCACAAGUUGAUAAUGCCAGAGGAUAAGUUCCAUAAAUUAGCAGACGAUACAAUACAUGAUUUACUUGAAAAACUUGAGGAAUAUGGUGAUUCUCAGCAGAUGGAUGGCUUCGACAUAGAUUACGGGAAUCAAGUUCUAACACUGAGGCUAGGCGAUUUGGGGACCUAUGUAGUAAACAAGCAAACACCAAACAGGCAAAUCUGGCUAUCUUCGCCUGUGAGUGGGCCUGCUAGGUUUGACUGGGAUGCAGCAACAGACAGUUGGGUUUAUAGGCGGACUGGAGUAAAUCUCAUGCGGCUUCUAGAGAAGGAGAUCGGUGAGCUCUGUGGAACUCCAGUAGACCUUUCAUAAAGGGAUAGGAAAAUGCCACAUAGCUAAGUUUGAGGGGGCAGACAACAUUUCUCGGCGAAGUAAACGAGAUGACAUCUUUUUAGUAUGUUGAUUCUGUCAAGUAAACCAAAGGAGUUGUUGUACUGCACUUUUUUGCACGAAAUGUUCUAAUGGGUUGCCUAAUAAGUCGUCUGGCUUUCGUCGAUGGCGGGACAUAGGCCUGUGAUACUUCAUGUUAUAUAAUCAACCGUUUGCGUGCUGUGA